AUGACUUCCACACUCAACGGACCAAUCAUUCCUGGUUUUGCUCCAGAUCCGUCUGUGACUCGCAUAGGCGACACGUUCUUCCUUGUCAACUCGACUUUCCAUCUGUUCCCUGGUCUUCCCAUAUAUGCAUCCAAGGAUCUUGUGAACUGGACUUUGAUCGGUAAGCUUGAAGUCAAUCACAGAAACAAAACACGUAUUGACGCAUCNAUAGGAAAUGCCAUCAACCGUCGAUCACAAAUCUCAUUGCGCCUCUCCGAUACGAAAUUGGAACCUCAAGAUGAUGGAACAGUGAUGCUUGCUACGGGAGGUCUCUUCGCGCCAACCAUCAGACACGACUCCGAAACAGAAAAGACAUAUAUCAUCAACACGAACGUCAUUCAUCCUGAGGAUGGUGGNAAAGACAUUCCCAAAAAUUUCAUCGUCGAGACCGACGACGUUUGGUCAGACAACUGGAGCGAUCCAGUUUACUUGGACUUCGAUGGCAUCGAUCCUUCGAUUUUCUGGGACGAGGGUGGCAAAGCCUAUGUCUGCGGAAGCCAUGGUCCAGGUCCCAUGACCACGAUCGCCCUGUUCGAGAUCGACCUGUCUACAGGCAAGAAGUUGUCAGAUGAGAAGAUCGUGUGGAAGGGGACUGGAGGUAUCUAUCCAGAAGGUCCACACAUCUACAAGAAAGACGGCUACUACUAUCUGCUCAUCUCCGAGGGCGGCACCUUCAAGGACCAUAUGAUUACUGUCGCAAGGUCGGACAAGAUCUGGGGUCCUUAUGAUGCAUAUGAGAACAAUCCGAUCCUCACCGCAGCGGGUACAGAUAACUAUGUGCAUUGUACCGGGCAUUGCGACAUGUUCCAGGACAAAGAGGAUCGAUGGUGGGGUGUAUGCCUUGCUAUGAGGAUGCGAGGCUCAAGAUUUCACAUGGGCCGCGAAUCCUUCCUAGUGACCGGACAUUGGGAACAAGGCGGAUGGCCCAGCCUCGACACAGUCGAAGUGACGUCGUCGCACAAAUUCAAGACUGAUGUUGUCAAAACCACCAAGACUGGUUUGGACUGGCUCUACAUCCGCGACGUCAAUCUCCAACACCACAAGGUUCAAGGUUCGACCAUUCGCCUGACUCCAAGUAGAGCAGAUAUCUCUCAAUGGCAAAAGCCGGUCUCGUUCAUUGGCAAACGCCAAAGGAAGCUGGAAGGCAGCGCUUCGGUGAACCUGGCUGUGCCGAAGACAGGUUCGAGCCGCGCAGGUCUCGUCAUCUAUAAGGACGAGCAUCGAUACACUCGUAUUCACUAUAACAGUAGCAGCAAAAUCAUCUGCUUCGAAAUCGUCAACAACGCGAAGAAGAUCAGCAGAAGCGACCAGCAGGAGAUCUCAGACGAGACUUCCGACAUCAGACUACUGAUUGAGUACACCGAAGACAGGCUUGUUCUUCAAUUCGAGGAAGAAAAAGGUGUGGUCAAGACGCUUGGUAUUGUUGACACAGCGGAAUUGUCGAACGCAGACUUCGUCGGUCCUAUCGUCGGUGUGUAUGCUGUCUCCGAUGAAGAAAAUGAUGAGGUUUUGUUUACCAACUUCGAACACGAGCAAUAG